ACUUGCCCACCAUUUGAUCAGGACUACGGAGUCCACCCAGCAUAUAAUAACUCUCCGCCAGAUGGGUCGAUUAGGAACGAGAAUGUAAUGCACAGACGGCCCUGGCUCCUCAUUUACUACUCAUGGUACAAAAGGUGGCGUGAUCCCAUUAAACUUUAAGCUUGGCUCCCGGAGACCUCUGGCCCACUUUUGAAUGAAACUCAGUUUCAACUUCACUCAAGAAUCCUUCACCGAGGGUCGAGAAGUAGUGUAAACAUGUUCACCUACCCCCUCGCUCUCAUAUGCCAGUUCCAGGGACGGGGAGGAGGAGGAGCUGGAAAGGGAGGGACCGAGUUUCCUGAGUUGAGACGGAGAGCGGAUGGGAGGUGGUGCGUGUUUGUGGAGUGCCUUGAUGGGGAUGGGGGUUCAGGUGGUAGUGACGAGGAUGUGAAGGGAGUCGUGUUCAAGCUGGUGCCGAGAAAUAUGGUCUGUUGGGAGAACUUCAGGGCGGAUGGGACGGGGAGAGGGUAUGAGGAGACGUGGCAUGCUGGGCUGCCUUUGAGGAGGGAGGUUAAAGUUGGGUUGGAUAACAAUCUGAGUUCAUAUGAUGCUGUCGCUUCAAUUGCUAAACAGCUGCCCGUCCAUGGAGCCUUCGCCAUUCCAACCCGAGUCUGGGGGCUGAGAACAAUCUCAACCCUUUUUCGAGCCAGUCAGGCAGAGCGCUUGAAUUGGCACUUCUGAUGUCGUAAAACGACCAUUCUGCUGCGAGGAUUAAGCGGAGACGUCUGCUGCUGACGCAAGUCAAUUGUUGUUCACGAGACCACUCUUUCAGCGAACAUGCCCGACUGAGU